GCUUACUCCACGUAACCGUCCUGGCAUCUCAUCCUCGAGAUUGUCACAACCGAAAUGUCAGCUAUUCUAGGCCAAGAUGAUCGCCGCCUGGUCGCAGAAUCCGCAUUCGAUCUUCUCGUCUUGGAAAUGGUGGAUGUAAUGCACAAAUCACCAACCGAGACCGAGAACGACAAGGAGGCGGCGUAUUUCAAGUUGGAGAGUUUGGGGUAUCGGGUGGGUAUGGCUAUGGUUGAACGAAUAACAAGAGAUAGACCACGAUUCCUUGAUACCCUAGAUGCUGUUAAAUUCAUUUGCAAGGAUUAUUGGAUUGCGCUGUUUAAGAAACAGAUUGAUAACCUCAAGACGAAUCAUCGGGGUGUAUAUGUGUUGACAGAUAAUAAUUUCCGUUGGUUCCUCCGCAUGUCGUCUGACGGCUCAAGCGCCGAAAUUAGUCGACAAGCCUUUGCUUAUCUUGCGUUUCCAUGUGGACUGAUCCGAGGGGCACUUGCAAAUCUUGGUGUCGCUAGUGUGGUUAUUGCUGAGGUGUCUACGAUACCGCAAUGUACAUUUCAAAUCAAGAUAGCAAAAGCGUGAUUGGGACGAAAAACAUCAUGUACAUAGUGUGGAAUAGAGUUUGGGAGCGCUAUUAAAAGUUAUCGAUCUAACGGGCCAUGGGUAAGGCGAUUUACACUAAAUACAAUAAAUGGAUACAGUCUAGAGUCUACAAUGUAUUUACGAUAUCAUGUGAA